GUUGGGACAGGGAGGAAUAGCCGGAGGGAGGGAUGGCUGAAUAACGAGGAGAGAAACACCCACUCCGGACUGAACGAACUGUAUCCGGAGAGAAGGAGUGAGAGAAAGGAAGAGGGGAAGAAAGAGUGAGAAGAAAGAAGAACCCUUUGGGAGGCAGAAGCAGGAGCGGUCUUUGGUAUUCACGGGAUUUCCUUUGGGGGAUAAAAGGACGCUUUGAAUUGAUGACUGGAGAGGUCUAGACUGCUGGUUUUGAGGAUGUUGUCAAUGGGGCAGAUCAGUUGGUGUUUGUGGGCUCCACUGGUGUUACUGGCCCUUGUUUCCUAUUACCCCAGUAAGGCACAGGGUCAAGUUCCAGCUCCGAGGAAGCUGCGUUUUAAAGUGCUGAGCUCAAGCAAACUCCUGGUUUCAUGGAAGGAGCCCAAAGGAGACUUUGACAGCUAUCUGUUUUUCUACAAAAGUACCCCAGGGGGUCAGCAGAGGGAGAUCAUAGUAUCUAAAUCAGACACCAGCGUGUUGAUAACAGACUACAGUCCUUCUAAAGUCUACACUUUCAGUGUUAUCGCAGUCAGCGGCAACAAGCAGAGCAGACCACUUCAAGGCAGAUUUAAAGGUGAAAGAAAUGAGAGUGACAAGACUGAGUCCCAGAGGUUCCCCGAUUCAGCUGCUCCUCCGAGGAACGCCAACGAGAUCUCUGGAGUUGACCAGUUUGUGUGUCACACUGAGGCUAUUGCGGAUAUUGUGAUCCUGGUGGACGGCUCCUGGAGUAUUGGCCGACUAAACUUCAGGCUGGUCCGUAUGUUCUUGGAAAACCUGGUCAAUGCCUUUGAUGUUGGCAUUGAUAAAACAAGGAUAGGUCUCGCGCAGUACAGUGGCGAUCCCAGGAUUGAGUGGCAUUUAAAUGCUUUCUCAACUAAAGAUGUAGUCGUUGAUGCUGUCAGGAACCUGCCCUACAAAGGAGGAAACACCCUCACAGGUGUAAAGAAUGCCGACGAGAAUGAGCUGCGCUCCAUCGCCUCACAACCGGAGAGCAAUCACGUCUACAAUGUGGCUGACUUUAACAUCAUGAGCUCUAUUGUAGGGGGGCUAACAAAAACAGUGUGCAAACAGGUGGAGCAGCAGGACAAAGACAUCAAGCAGAAACAUAUACCAGAGACAACGGGAAUGCCGCUUGACCUAGUGACAUCAGACAUCACGGCCCAAAGCUUUCGGGUUUCAUGGAGCCAUGCCCCCGGAAAUGUAGAGAAAUACAGAGUUGUUUAUUAUCCCACUCACGGAAGAGACCCAGGAGAUCCACAGGAGGCUGUAGUGGUCGGGAGUGAGUCUUCAGUGGUGUUACAGCAUCUUAGCUCCCUCACUGAGUACCAACUGGCUGUGUUUGCUGUGUAUGCAAACAAGGCGAGUGCAGCUCUGAGAGGAUCAGAAACAACGCUGGCUCUUCCCACAGUCACCGGCCUCCAGCUGUUUGAUGUGAGUCACAACACCAUGAAAAUAAAAUGGAACAGUGUGGAUGGAGUCUCUGGCUACAUGCUGCUUUAUGCACCUCUGACAGAUGACUUGGAUGAGAAAGAGAUAAGGGUGUCAGAUGCAGUGACGGAGCUGGAGCUGGAUGGGUUGAUCCCUCAAACCGAAUACACCGUCACUGUUUAUGCCAUGUUCGGCGAGGAGGCCAGUGAACCUGUUACAAACCAGGAAACCACAUGCAUAGCAGUGGAGGUUGGUUCAGUGAGUUCUUAUGACCUCGGUGAACUGACGUCUUUGACAGAGUACUCAGUGGCAAUUUUUGCCCUGUACAACGAGGGCGAAUCAGAACCGCUCACCGAUGCAUUCACCACCACUCCAGUUCCUGGUCCUCUGAAUCUACACUCCAGUGAGGUCCGCACGGACAGCUUUAAGGUCAGCUGGGAUCACUCAGCCAGUGACAUUAAUCUCUACCGACUCUCCUGGACACCAUUCGAUGGUGGCAACACAAAAGAGGUGGUCUUGAGUGGAAGUGAUAACAGAUACACGCUGACCGGCCUCAGUCCCUCCACUGAGUAUGAAGUUAUGCUGACGGCCAUAUUCAAAGACAAUUCUGAGAGCGACACAGUCUUUGUCACUCAAACCACAUUGCCCACACAGACAACAACAACUUCUACCAAAACCACAGCGGCACGUCAGGCUGUGAGAAACCUUCAGCUGAGUGACGAGACCACCCAGAGCUUAGAGGCUUCGUGGGAGCUGGAAGACCCCAACGUGGAGAGCUACAGUGUCGCCUACACAAGCCUCAGCGGAGAUCACAAGGACUCUAUGUCAGUUUCUGGAGGUGAGAGGAGAGCAGUGCUCGAGCCUUUACAAUCAGACACCAGCUACAAAGUGACAGUCACUCCGGUGUACAGCGAUGGACAAGAUGGCCUUGGUGCAUCUGCCAUGGGUUCCACAUUGCCGCUCUUGCCUCCUGAAAAUCUGCGUGUGUCAGAGGAGUGGUUCAAUCGCCUCAGGGUCUCGUGGGAUCCACCUCGGUCUCCUGUUGAGGGUUACAAGAUCAUCUACCAGCCCCUCUAUGUUCACGGUCCAGUAUUGGAGACAACAGUGGAUGAAGAUGUGAACUCCAUGCUUAUUGUCAAUCUACAAAGUGGGACAGAGUACAGUGUCCGAGUCAAGGCUUCCUACCCUGCAGGAGAAAGUGAGCCACAGCUAAUAAAUGCCAAGACAUUAUUCCUUGGUGUGUCUGGCUUGUCAGCCUACCAGGUGCGACCCAACAGCAUGUGUGUUCAGUGGCAGCCUCUUCUACAUGCUACAAUAUACAGAAUCUCUAUACAGUCCACACUCAAUGGUCAGAGACAGGAAGUGAGGCUGGGAGGUGGAGCUUCCCGACACUGCUUUUACGACCUCACUCCUAGUAGCCAAUACCAGAUCAGCGUUCACGCGCAAACACAAGAAACGGAGGGACCCUCUGUCUCCAUCACUGACAUGACACUUCCAGCACCCACUCAGCCGCCGACUGAACCACCCACUACGGAGCCCCCACCCACAAUCCCACCAGCCAAAGAGGUAUGUAAGGAGGCCAAGGCUGACCUGGCGUUCCUGGUCGACGGCUCCUGGUCCAUCGGAGACGACAACUUCAUGAAGAUUACACGUUUCCUCUACAGCACCAUGGGAUCGCUGGAUCUGAUUGGACAAGAUGGCACCCAGGUGGCCGUUGCUCAGUUCAGUGACGAUGCUCGGACCGAAUUCCAGCUGAGUUCUCAUAGCAACAAAGAAGCACUGCUGGAGGCUAUUCAGAGAAUCAGCUAUAAAGGAGGAAACACUAAGACAGGUAGAGCCAUCAAACAUGUGAAGGAGUCUAUUUUCACCUCAGAGGCGGGAGCCAGAAGGGGCGUUCCCAAAGUCCUGGUCGUUCUGACCGAUGGACGUUCACAAGACGAUGUCAACAAAGUGUCCAAGGAGAUGCAGGUGGAGGGCUACAUCAUCUUCGCAAUUGGCUUUGCGGACGCAGACUACGGCGAGCUGGUGAAUAUCGCCAGCAAACCCAGUGACAGACACGUCUUUUUUGUGGACGAUUUGGACGCUGUGAAGAAAAUAGAAGAGCAGCUCAUUACCUUUGUCUGUGAGGCUGCCACUGCCACUUGUCCGUCUGUUUUGAUGAGCGGUAACACGUUGGCAGGUUUCCGUAUGAUGGAGAAGUUUGGCCUGGUAGAGAAGGAGUAUAGCACCAUACCUGGAGUUUCUCUGGAGCCGGGUUCAUUCAACAGCUUCCCUUGCUACAGGUUACACCGUGAUGCCCUGGUGUCUCAGCCCACCAAGCCAUAUCACAGAAAACAGUGCACACUCGACUCUGGAAAGACAUUGACGUUCUUUAACCAUGACUACAAAGGAGACUUCCAGACCGCUACCUUUGAAGAGGCAGCAAUCAAAAAAGUUUUCCAUGGCAGCUUCCACAAGCUCCAUGUAACCAUCAGCAAGACGUCUGUGAAGGUGGUGCUGGAUUGCUCAGUGGUCGGGGAGAAAUACAUUAAUGCAGCUGGUAACAUCACCACCGAUGGAAUGGAGGUCCUCGGAAGGAUGGUUCGAUCCAGAGGUAGACAAGACAGCUCCGCUCCGUUCCAGCUCCAGAUGUUUGACAUUAUCUGCAGUACUUCCUGGGCCAGCAGAGAUAAGUGUUGUGAGCUGCCAGCAUUGAGAGUUGAAGAGCAGUGCCCUCCCAUGCCUCAUGCCUGUACCUGCUCUCAGGACAGUAAAGGACCUCCAGGACCAUCUGGGCCACCUGGUGGUCCAGGCAUACGAGGAGCCAGAGGAGACAGAGGCGAGCCAGGAGUGACGGGACCUCAAGGGCCCGUAGGAGAAGUUGGCCCUUCUGGACCCCCAGGGCAACCUGGUCCUCAAGGACCCAACGGACUCUCCAUUCAGGGGCCUCCGGGAGCUCUUGGGGAGAAAGGAGAGAGAGGAGAGAUCGGACCUUCCGGACCAAUGGGAGUUCCCGGAGGUCCUGGCUCACCUGGCAGAGAUGGUCCCCCAGGAUCAAGGGGUCUGCCAGGUAAUACUGGACCACAGGGUCCUGCUGGUACCAAAGGCGAUAAAGGAGAAAGAGGUGAUGUGCAGUCCCAGGCGGCUGUGCGAGCUAUUGCACGUCAAGUGUGUGAACAGCUCAUCCAGAGCCACUUGUCGCGUUACAACUCCUUCCUGAACCAGAUCCCCAUGCAGCCAGCGGUGUCAGUCCGAACAGUGCCUGGACCACCGGGAGAGCCGGGUAGGAGAGGCCCCCCUGGUCCUCAGGGAGAGCAAGGUCCACCCGGGAGGCCAGGCUUUCCCGGUACUAACGGCCAGAACGGGCAACCAGGCGAGAGGGAAACACUCCGACUGAUCCUAAAUAUUCCCACCACCCCAGUUCAAGCUUUGCCUCAUGGCGCCUACCAGCCCUACAGUCCUCCCUACAAUCAGCCACACCAUCCUGCUGCAGAGGCUUACGACAACAGAGGAGGGGGUGAGGAGGAGGAGGAGGAGGAGCAGGACCCCUAUUAUCGUGGUUAUCCCCCUCAGUACUACCCUCAACAGCCUUCUCAGCUGGCACACAUCAACUACGGUUACCACUUAAGCCCCACCUACUCCGAAGACGUGGAGCUGAGGUCACCGGGCGUCGCCGGGAGGUUUUUGCGGGAUGUCGACGUAAUGGAGGAGAGCGAGGAUGGAGGACUUUAG